UGUGCCUCCCUCUACUUCUCAGACUACAAGAGUCCAGCUACCGCAGCAGAACCCACACAACCGCUCCUACACACACGGAUGGAGAACGGGAGCUGGCUUGGCGGUGAUGUGGUUAGACUUUGUGCUCUAUUUAUCAGCUCUUUCUUAGGUCAUUUCUACGGGGAGAAAAUCUAAGUCUUCCAUGAUGAAACUGGUGUUUGUUUUUGCCGUGGUUGCGUAUUUCUUUGCAGAACAUCUAGCACUUCCCGUUGGAGAAGAACGACAGCGAGAGGAUGUGGUAACACGGUGCUUGGUUGAGGUCCUGUCCAAGGCGUUGACCAAACCUGACUCUCACCCUCUGGAUCAGGAAUGUAAAGAUAUUCUCAAAGCAGGUGCCCAACAUGCUGCUCCUGUGGAGAAGAAAAGUGAUGAGGUGCUGACUAAUGAAGAGGAGGGCAAAGAACAUGAACCUGAGGCACCAGGAGCCGACGUGAAAGACAUCGAGGCCCUCUUGAAGUCUGUGGAGGAGAAGAGGGAGACACCGGAGGACGAAGAUCGCAGCCAGGAGUCAUGGGACCUCAACUACGAGAAGGAGAAAAGGAUUUGGAAACCAACGCACAGGUAUCAUUAUAAGAAACCCAAUCACAAACGUGAUGAGGAGGUUUCUGAAGAAGUGAGAGAAGAGCCAGACGAAGAACGUAGUCAGGAAUCCUGGAGCCUGGGCGAUGAGAAGGAGAAGAGAUAUAGGCCUACCUAUCGGUACACCACCAAAAAACACCACAAACGAGACGAAGAGGGUUUAGAGGAAGAGAGAGAAGAGCCAGAAGAGGAACGUAGUCAGGAAUCCUGGAGCCUGGGCGAUGAGAAGGAGAAGAGAUAUAGGCCUACCUAUCGGUACACCACCAAAAAACACCCCAAACGAGACGAAGAGGGUUUAGAGGAAGAGAGAGAAGAGCCAGAAGAGGAACGUAGUCAGGAAUCCUGGAGCCUGGGCGAUGAGAAGGAGAAGAGAUAUAGGCCUACCUAUCGGUACACCCCCAAAAAACACCCCAAACGAGACGAAGAGGGUUUAGAGGAAGAGAGAGAAGAGCCAGAAGAGGAACGUAGUCAGGAAUCCUGGAGCCUGGGCGAUGAGAAGGAGAAGAGAUAUAGGCCUACCUAUCGGUACACCCCAAAGAAACACCACAAACGAGACGAAGAGGGUUUAGAGGAAGAGAGAGAAGAGCCAGAAGAGGAACGUAGUCAGGAAUCCUGGAGCCUGGGCGAUGAGAAGGAGAAGAGAUAUAGGCCUACCUAUCGGUACACCCCAAAGAAACACCACAAACGAGACGAAGAGGGUUUAGAGGAAGAGAGAGAAGAGCCAGAAGAGGAACGUAGUCAGGAAUCCUGGAGCCUGGGCGAUGAGAAGGAGAAGAGAUAUAGGCCUACCUAUCGGUACACCCCAAAGAAACACCACAAACGAGACGAAGAAGACGAAGAGCGCAGUCAAGAGUCCUGGAGUCUGGGCGAUGAGAAAGAAAAGAGAGAGGAGGAUGAUGAGGAAAGAAAGAAGAGGAUCUGGAAACCCACCCAUCGGUACCACCACAAGAAGCACCACAAACGCAGUGAAGAUCCUUCAGAGGAAGAGGAGGAGGAGAAAGAUAAGAGAAUUUGGAAACCCACACACAGAUAUCACCACAAGAAACACCACAAACGAGGUGCUGACUCAUCGGACGAGGAAUCAGAGGAGAAGAGAUCAGAAGAGUCAGAGGAAGAGGAGGAAGAGGAUAGAGAGAAGAGAAUCUGGAAGCCCACACACAGAUACCACCACAAAAAACACCACAAACGUGAUGAGGAGCUUUCAGAAGAAGGGAGAGAGGAGCCAGAUGAAGAACGCAGCCAAGAGUCCUGGAGUCUGGGUGAUGGAAAGGAGAAGAGAGAUGAGGAUAUGAUGAGAGAUGAGGAUGAGAGAGAAAAGAGGAUUUGGAAACCAACUCACAGGUACCACCACAAGAAGCAUCACAAACGCAAUGGGGAUUCCUCAGAGGAGGAAGACGAGGAACGAAGGAGUGAUUCGGACGAACACGAGGAGGAGAAGAGGCAUGGAGAUGCCGAGGAGGACGAGAGACAGAGGGAUAGGCAGGAGGCUCUGAGGUACCUGGCAGAGAAGAGUCGUCUCCUGGGGGAGGGUGAGGUGUAUGAGAAACGUUCUCCCUGGGCUUACAGAGGAUACUACCACCCCGCCUGGUGGAAGAGAAGCAUAGACCCACACACACCAUUGCAUAAGAUGGAGGAACUGGCGAAGUUGCUGUCCUAUAAGAAUCACCAGCUGGCCAGCCAAUCAGAGCUGGCAGACGAGGAAAAGAAGAGGAGCGUAUCUCUAACCCCAGAGGAGGAGAAGGAGCUGGAGAACAUAGCAGCUAUGGACAUGGAGUUACAGAAGAUAUCUGAGAAGAUGCAGGAGGACAGGAGUGACUAGAUAGACAGGCAGAGGCAUGCAGACAGGGAUGCUAAGAUACACAAGGUUAGCACACUGAGAUAGUAACAAAAGACUAGAGAGAGAUAGACUGACCCGUCAGCGUUCCGGACAAAAAAACACUAACAUCCAAGAGCCUUGCUGCAAAUUCUGCUGUGUUAACCUUUGUACCUGUGAAAUGUUGAUGUUCUCAAAAGAGACUGUUUAGUUAAUAUAUAAGUAUAAUAGUAUAAAGAUAAAGUAGAUGCUUUGCUAAUUUGUCCGGAUAUCUAUAUAUUUAAAGUACGCAUGACAGUUUUGUUCAAACUUUUGAAUGGUUGUUUGUUUGUUCAGUCUGCAUUUAAUAAAAUUAAUUAUUCUGGGACCAAAAUUAA